AUGUCGGUGCUGGACGCGCUCAAGGGCGUGCUGAAGCUGUCGCUGAUGCACGACGGCCUGGCGCGCGGCCUGCGCGAGGCGUCCAAGGCGCUGGACCGGAGGCAGGCGCACAUGUGCGUGCUCAACGAGUCGUGCGAGGAGGAGGCCUACAAGAAGCUCGUCAUCGCCCUCUGCUCCGAGCACAAGAUCCCGCUCAUCAAGGUGCCCGACGGCAAGCAGCUCGGCGAGUGGGCUGGUCUCUGCGUCCUGGACCGCGAGGGCAACGCCCGCAAGGUUGUCAACUGCUCUUGCGUCGUCGUCAAGGACUGGGGUGAGGAGUCGCAGGAGCGGUCGAUCCUGCUCAACUACUUCCAGUCCGAGGCGUAA